GCGCACAACGUCUCCUGCAGUUCACUCGUGCAAACUAUUGAGCAGUGAGCAGCACCCGUUUGAAGGGGUGAGACACGGUACCAGCGAGGAUAGCACCUCCAGUUACGUCCCGGAGCUUCGGAAGGCGUACACAAUUUAAGACGCCGUAAAGAGCUGGGAAAAAGGGAUAGCGAUUUGCCUGCAUGUCAGCGAAAGGCAGAAAGUAUCAGAAGCGCAUUUCUUCUUCUGAAGCGGAAAAUGAGCAGGGCUGGAAGGAGGAAAACGGCGGCGUGGACGCACAUAAUUUAAAAUCCGUAAAAACGGUCAGAGACUCGUCUGGAUACUAUCAGUACAAUAUGACGCCCGCGGACAACCCCACGCAGCGGCGGCUCACCAUGCUGCGGGAGAAGGGGCGGCGGCAGGCGGUGCGGGGCCCGGCCUUCAUGUUCAACAACCGGGGCGCCAGCCUGACGCCCGAGGAGGAGCGCUUCCUGGACGCGGCCGAGUACGGCAACAUCCCGGUGGUGCGCAAGAUGCUGGAGGAGUCGCGGACGCUCAACGUCAACUGCGUGGACUACAUGGGCCAGAACGCCCUGCAGCUGGCAGUGGGCAACGAGCACCUGGAGGUGACGGAGCUGCUCCUGAAGAGGGACAAUCUGGCGCGCAUCGGCGACGCCCUCCUGCUGGCCAUCAGCAAGGGCUACGUCAGGAUCGUGGAGGCCAUCCUCAACCACCCCUCCUUCGUCAGCAGCGAGAGGCUCACGCAGAGCCCCUGCGAGCUGCAGGACGACGACUUCUACUCCUACGACGAGGACGGCACCCGCUUCUCGCCCGACAUCACGCCCAUCAUCCUGGCCGCCCACUGCCAGAAGUACGAGGUGGUGCACAUGCUGCUGAUGAAGGGGGCGCGCAUCGAGCGGCCGCACGACUACUUCUGCAAGUGCGCCGAGUGCACCGAGAAGCAGCGCAAGGACUCCUUCAGCCACUCGCGCUCGCGCAUCAACGCCUACCGGGGGCUGGCCAGCCCCGCGUACCUCUCCCUCUCCAGCGAGGACCCCGUCCUCACCGCCCUCGAGCUCAGCAACGAGCUCGCCAAGCUGGCCAACAUCGAGAAGGAGUUCAAGGAUAAAAAGAGCCAUAAAAAAGAGGCGGUGCAGCUCAGUUGCUUCCCCCUGAAUGAUUAUCGCAAGCUGUCUAUGCAGUGUAAGGACUUCGUGGUGGGGGUGCUGGACCUGUGUCGUGACACUGAGGAGGUGGAGGCCAUCUUGAAUGGGGACGUAAGCGCUGAACUGGAGGAGGGACAGCACCUACGUUCCCUCCUGAGCCGUGUCAAGCUGGCCAUCAAGUAUGAGGUCAAGAAGUUCGUCGCCCAUCCCAACUGCCAGCAGCAGUUGCUGACAAUCUGGUACGAGAACCUCUCGGGGCUGAGGGAGCAGACCAUUGCUGUGAAAUGCCUGGUGGUGCUAGUGGUGGCCCUGGGGCUGCCCCUCCUGGCUGUGGGAUAUUGGUUUGCCCCAUGCAGCAGGCUGGGAAAGGUCCUGCGCAGCCCCUUCAUGAAGUUCGUUGCGCAUGCCGCCUCCUUCAUCAUCUUCCUCUGCCUGCUGGUGUUCAACGCCUCCGACCGCUUCGAGGGCAUCAGCACGCUGCCCAACGUCACCGUCACCGACUACCCCACGCAGAUCUUCCGGGUGAAGACCACGCGCUUCAGCUGGACCGAGAUGCUCAUCAUGGUCUGGGUCGCAGGGAUGAUGUGGUCAGAGUGCAAGGAGCUGUGGACGGAGGGUCCCAGGGAGUACAUCCUUCAGCUGUGGAACCUGCUGGACUUUGGCAUGCUCUCCAUAUUCAUCGCAGCCUUCACCGCCAGGUUCCUUGCCUUCCUCCAAGCCACCAAAGCCCAGCAAUACGUAGAUGAGAAGAUCCACGCCAGCGACCUCUCCAUGGUGACUCUCCCCCCGGAUAUUGAGUACUUCACCUACGCACGAGACAAGUGGCUGCCCUCUGACCCUCAGCUGAUCUCAGAGGGGCUAUACGCCAUCGCCGUGGUGCUAAGCUUCUCCCGAAUCGCCUACAUCCUGCCAGCCAACGAGAGCUUUGGCCCACUGCAGAUCUCCCUGGGCCGGACCGUCAAGGACAUCUUCAAGUUCAUGGUCCUGUUCAUCAUGGUGUUCCUGGCCUUCAUGAUAGGCAUGUUCAUACUCUACUCCUACUACCUGGGAGCCAAGGUCAACCCAGCUUUCACCACAGUUGAGGAGAGUUUCAAGACACUGUUCUGGUCCAUAUUUGGACUGUCGGAGGUGUCUUCGGUGGUGCUGAAGUAUGACCACAAGUUCAUCGAAAACAUCGGCUACGUGCUGUACGGAAUUUACAACGUCACUAUGGUGGUGGUGCUCCUCAACAUGCUCAUCGCCAUGAUCAACAGCUCAUAUCAAGAGAUUGAGGACGAUGCGGACGUGGAGUGGAAGUUUGCGAGGUCCAAGCUCUGGCUGUCCUAUUUCGACAACGGAAAGACGCUGCCCCCCCCUUUCAGCAUCGUCCCCAGCCCCAAGUCAUUCUUUCAGUGCAUUAAGAGGGUCGUCAACCUGCUCCGCUGCAAGCGCCGUAGGCUGAAGAAGGACAUUGAGCUAGGGAUGGACAACUCCAAAUCCAGGCUGAACCUCUUCACUCAGUCAAACCUGCGCAUCGCUGAGUCCCAUAGCUUCAACAGCAUACUCAACCAGCCCACACGCUAUCAGCAAAUAAUGAAGAGACUAAUCAAACGUUACGUGUUGAAAGCACAAGUUGACAAGGAAAAUGACGAAGUCAAUGAAGGUGAACUGAAAGAGAUCAAGCAGGACAUAUCCAGCCUACGCUACGAGCUCCUCGAGGACAAGUCCCAAGCCACAGAAGAGCUUUCUCUGCUGAUACAGAAACUCAGCGACAAGAUCAACGUCAACAUGGCGCGUUGUGAGUGAUGCUGUAGCCACAGCGGACAGACCUCAUCCAGCAGUACAGCAGGGAGAGGACCUAUGUCACCCAGCCCUGUCAG